AUGUGCGCUGGUGGCGUGACAGCCCCCACGAGUUCUGCACGAUGCGCGGCACACACCCGCGGUGCUGCGGUGUACGUUCUGCUUGUUGUCGCCACCCUUGUGACGAGUGUGAGUGCACAGGUGCCACCGACGGUUAAGAUACUCGAUUUGUACUAUACAGCAUAUCCUAUUGCGAUUAAUACCGUCAGGGCGUACAAGACCGGUUUCCUCGCAUCACUGUGGUCGCGCAACAAGACUGUUGGCGACGGGCUGAAGGUGGAAUUUAUCUCAAGGGAAACGGCGACGACUGUAACGGGUGUUCCUGAUGUUAUCGACGAGGCUAUAGAGAAGCACCCGGAUAUUCUUGUAGCCUUUGGCCCCAGUAGUGAUUACGGGUUGUUUUUCGCCAUGCCAGCGCUGCAAAAUCACAACUUGGUCGCCUUUUCCCCAACGACCGGCACCGUUUUUAUGCGCUACUGGGACCCGCACUUUUACUUUCUCCGCUUGGACCCCGUUGUGUCGGUGGCUUUUCUCGUGCAGUACGCCCUUACACGCCUUCGUGUGCGGCGACUGAGCUUCAUGUACCUGACAGAUUUCGUGUAUGGCGACCUGGAGUACGUGUUUGCGCAGCGGCUGAUGCGGAAAAUGGGCUACUCGCUGACCAGUACGUUCGCACUGAGUGGUGUGGAGGAGUUAGGGCCCGGCGACGCUGAGUUCCAGGCGGAGUGGGAGGCGUUCGCGGAUACCCGUCCUCAGGCUGUCAUUAUCUGCGGCGUGCUCUCGCCGACCACGAUUGCGUUCGUCAACAGCAUGCUGACCGACAAUCGAACUGCGGGCGCGUUCCUGCUCGUACCGAACUCACAGCUGGGCUCUGUGGCGGCUGGCUGGAAGGCGGCAGUGGCGUCGGGUGUGACUCUUCGGCGUGGGCAGAUAGUCUCGACGACGUCGUACCCAUUGGCUUCGGAGACCCAGUACACGGUGGUCCAGCGGUUUCGGUCCUCGAUGCUGGACUACCUGACGAACAGCAAUCAGACGAUGUACAACGACACGCAGCACUUCCGGACGGAUCCGUUUGAUGGAGACUUGAUGCUCACAGGCUGGAUUGCCGGAGAGGUGCUUGCACAGGCCCUCAGCACGAAUGAGUGGGCGCGUAGUCGGGCUGCAUUUGGAGCCGCGCUGUUCAACCAGCGCCGGUACGUUGUUGAUGAAAUCGUCGUUGGUGACUUUGGUGGUGAGUGCAGUAAAGCUGCUGCUGCUGAUGGUGCUGUUUGCCAGUGCAACCAGGGCGGCCGCACGGUCGGUAUCAAGCGGUCUGUUUCCGGCACGUUCAACAUGGAAAGUGAUAGAUUUGUCGCUUAUAAGUACCCUCGUGGCGAAUGCUACUUUGACGUGGAAACGCUGAACGCACCUGCGAAUGCCAUUAUGAUCGAGGUCACUGAUGGAACUAUUUUAAGUUCGAUCUUUGUGCGAUUUAUGCGUGGGCAGAGCGCAGCUGUGGUGUCCGAUGGUUCUUCCAGACACGAAUACUCAUUGAUGUACAUACAGACUACAACUUCAGGUGCCGUGAAGGCGCUGAAAACGGAGGAAGAAACGUACAUCACUGAUAUUUUCACGGGCUUCGCCCUCGAAGAAAUUUUGGUGGUGCCGAACCUCAUAUUCAUCGACCCCGUAUUCCUAUU